AUGAAUAUCUUCUACCAGGAACACGGUGAUGCUUAUGAUGUGUUUCUCUAUCAGCUUCCUCCUCUUAAGUUGCUUCUAGGAGCAUUUCAAUAUCGUCAGAAUCACAUUGCUAUUCCCACUUCAAUGUACUCGCAUGCUUCUGGUAUUAAGACUCUCAGUGGGUCAAAUUUCUUCGAAUGGUAUGAACAAAUUCAAUUCACCUUGGGUGAUAUGGAUUUGGACCUUGCAUUGCUUACUGAAAAACCUGGGGAAAUAACGGAUGCUAACAGUGAGAAAGAAGUUAGCCUAAUUGAAGCCUGGACCAAGUUCAAUAGGCUUAGUCUUAUGCUUAUUAGAAUGACUGUUGCUAAUAAUAUUAAGACUUCUCUUCCCGAGGUUGACAAUGCUAUGGAACUGUUAACGGCUAUUAAAGAACGCUUUAAAUCAGCGGACAAGUCGUUAGCAGGGACACUCAUGGCUGAAUUGACUACCAUGAAAUAUGGUGGUGAUAAGGGAAUUCAGGAACACUCCUGA